AUGGAUAAACUGGUUUUUGUUUCUAGCUCAGAACUACCUCGUCCUCGUACUCUCUCAACACAACCCUCUACAAAGUGUUCUGUAUUCGAAACUGGAAAAAAAGCCGAGGCUUCUUGUUCUUCUAAAUGUAUUACUCUCGACUCAAGCGAUGGUAUUGCUAAUCAACAAAAUGAUAGUAUGGAUAGUCCUACACAUAGUACCAGUCUUGAUUUAAAUUUGGAUUCUGCCGUAUCCGCCGAAUCAGAAAAAAUUCAUAAACUCUUGCUGGUUGAAUCAUCUGAUCAUGAUAGAUGUCAGGUCUUAUUUCAAAUGUACCUUGAAACAUUUCGUAGCAAUCUACAAAAGAAAACCGAAUGUGUUCGUUUGAACGAGCAGUUAUCAAAGUUUAUAAACAAACAGACAGCAGACGAUUCACCAAAACAUACAAUCUCAGAUUCGAUUCCUAAAACUAAUGACAAUAGAUCAAAGAUUUCCGACGUCCGUUUAAAAAUGGUAAACAUUGGCGAUUUAACCGACAACACCAAACUAGACACAGUCUUGCAAUCAAGCAGUUUAGUCGAGGAAAGUAAUCAAAACAAGAAACUUGAUGAUGUCACUCAUCUCAAAGAACAGUUUAAAGAUCUUCUUAAGCAAUAUGAGCUACGAGAGCGUCAUUUUUUGUCGCUUUCAAAGUCUAGAGAUAUUGAAUUUCAUUUAACUCAAGCAAAGUACGAACAAUACCGUCAAAAGGCUGAGCAAGAAAAAAACAAGGCUAUAAAUCUUAAAACUCAAAUGACAACAUUUUCAAAAACUGAAGCUGAAUUGCGCAAUCAACUAUCCCUGUACAUUGGAAAAUUUCGAGAGGUUGAAUCUACACUAAAUCAAAGUAAUGAAUUAUUUCAGACAUUUAGACAAGAGAUUGAACAGAUGGGUAAAAAAACGCGGAAACUUGAAAAGGAGAAUGCAAAUAUACGCAUAAAGUAUGAAGCGAUGAAUAAGGCAAUCGUGGAAAUGGCUGAAGAGCGCAAACAAUCAAAUAGAGAAGUACAAACUGUAAUGGCUUCCAAAACAAAACUAGAAUCAUUGUGUCGAGCGUUACAGGAAGAACGUAAAGCUCUUUUGAAAAAAGUUAAUUCAACAUAA